AUGGCGAUGAUGUUGUCGUGUCUUCACGAAUGGCCUUCGGUUACUUUGUCCCCCGCGUACGAAGACGCUACCUACACCGUCCUCCCCGGCACGCACGUCAACGAGACCCACUACCAGGUAACGGCUCUUUGCAAGGGCUGCACCUUCUGGGCUCCCUUCGACGGCGAGUCUACGAAGCUCAACGGCGACGGCGAAAACUACCUCGCGUUUGCCUACUCCAGCGUCCCCGUCGACGACCCCACCGCCCUGGACUCCACCUUUGGCAUCCAUGAGCGCGUCGGCCACUGGAUCCACGACUUUGCCGGCUCCAAGUCUGCCGACUUUGCGACUUGGGCGGGUGCCGGCGGCGACGGCGAUGCCGAAACGCCCGCCGAGCCCCCGGCGACCGAGGAGCCUCCCGCCACAGAAGAGCCUCCUGCUACGGAAGAGCCCCCAGCGGAAGGAGAAGAGCCUGCUGAGGGUGGUGAUGGAACCGACGGAGGAGCCCCAACCCGACCUGAGGGCUGGAAUAUUGUCAAGAUCUCCGGUGAGGUCGUCCGUCCUCGCGCGGUAGUGGUGGAUAGCAACGGCAACCUUCUUGUUCUCGAAGCCGGACGGGGAUUGUCUGUUCUUACACUGGGCGAGGAUGGCUGUAUAUCUACAUCAAAGCUGGUUAUAGACAAUGGUCAACUUAAUCACGGUCUGAGCAUCACGCCGGAUGGCGCCAAGAUUUACGUCAGCUCCAUGACUACGGCUUGGGAGUACAGCUACGAUGCCGAAACCCAAGAGGUCGCGGACCAAAGGGUCGUCGUCAAAGGCAUGUACACCGGAGGCCAUCCCUCUAGGUCUCUGGUUGUCCCUCCCGCCACACCCCACUUGCUUGUGAUUCAGCUUGGCUCCAACUCCAACUUUGACAUGGAGUCUCUCGACAUCAAGACGGCUCGUGCCAAUGUGAAGGUCUUUGACACCGCCGAGGCGCCCGAGGGCGGCUGGGAUUGGAUCACCGAAGGCUGGGACUUGGGCUACGGUCUUCGUAACGAUAUUGCUCUCGUCGUCGACGGCAACAACAUGGUUUGGGGUAUUGAAAACAGCGCCGACAACUUGGGCCGCACCGCCGAAGGAACCACAACUGAUGUCCACAUUGAUAACCCUGCCGAGGAGCUGAACCUCCUCGGUGACCCAUCCAAGCCCAACACCGAUUGGUAUGGCUACCCCAUCUGCUUCACCAUUGGUGAACCGGAAGUGUUCGUCGAUAAGACCUUCAAGGUUGGCGACCAGUUCGUCCUCUCUCCCAACACCACAUAUGACGACGCCAGCUGCGCUUUCGACGAGGACUUCUCCAACAUGUACGUCACCCUACACGGUAGUUGGAACCGCGCCCCCGCUACUGGAUACAAGGUUGUCCAGAUUGCGUAUCACCAGCUUGAGGACGGCACCUACGACCCCGUUGCUAGCCCCGAUACCCACCUCCCUUACGUUGAUAUUGUCUGGAACGACAACGUGGACGCCUGUUCGGGCAACACUUGUCUGAGGCCCUCCGGUAUUACUUUUGACAAGGCAUACUCGAGGAUCUUCGUUGCGAGCGAUAACGCUUCCAACGGUGAACUGUUCAUCCUUUACAAGACCGAGUAG